UUCUUCUUUUAGCACGUAAACGUUCACGCAAGCUGAUGCGAUGCAAUUUUCUUGCAUCCCAUCUGUUUUGCUCCAAAAGUUUUCGGGGUUUUUUUUUGUGCAUGAAAUAAAAUUGCACAAUCCGCGUGCCGCCCCGUGAAUCCGAACCCCGGGUAAGUCAAUCAAAGUGGAUAAUCUGGUGUACGCGGUUGCAAACUGGAACUUGUUUGCUCGCAUCUGGAUCGCUUCCAAAACGAUGGAUGACGGUGAUGGAGCGAAUGGGCAGCUGGGGGCUGGCGCGGUAGCACCGGAGGAAGAUCAGAAUGUGUUCCUGACGGUUUCGGAUGUUCACCUUUCACCGCUGGUUUCGGUCGGCGCCUGCUUUGUGAUAGCCGUCAUAUACGUCGGUAGUUUGUACGUGUGGCAGUCGGAGCACGACCGUGAUCACCCCUCGACCAUCAAGAGGCGUUUUUUCAGCGUAUUCGUCGUAAUGAUGAUUGCACCGGUUUUCGUCAUGACCCUGACCUGUGACGCCGUGUUCCAGAAGCACACCAUGUGGGAAAUUAUGGGUUUCCGGUUAGAGGGCCUACUGACGGCCAUAGCUCUGCCCUUAUUAUUGACUGCCAUCCUUUUCCUGGGACCAUUGAGCGGAACGCUGACCAACGGGUUGUGGCGCGUCUACUCGGAACCAAUGUACUGGCUGAAUGCCGCGCAGGAUUUGAAGUGGCUACGGAACCAUCUGGUGGCGCCACUCUCGGAGGAGUUCACCUUUCGUGCCUGCAUGCUGCCACUGCUGUUGCAGACCUUCCGGCCGCACACGGCCAUGCUCAUCACACCGCUGCUGUUCGGAUUGGCACAUCUGCACCACAUCAAGGAGCGUCUGCGGGACGGAAUGCCCCUGCGGAUCGUGCUGACGGUGUCGUUCUUCCAGUUCUUCUACACCACCAUCUUCGGCAUCUAUUCGGCGUAUCUGUUCGUACGAACCGGUCACUUUGCGGCCCCCUUUGUGGCCCACGCCUUCUGCAACCACAUGGGAUUCCCAGAUUUCCAAGAGGUGCUCAGUCAACCGGACCGGAAGAAGUUCAUCUUCAUCGGUCUGUACGUGCUGGGGCUGGUCGGUUGGAUAGUGCUGCUGCCGACGCUUACCACACCCAGUUGGUACGCGAACAAUCUGUUUUGGGCCGGAGCGGUGUGACGGAGGUGAGUGCUAGGAAAGUGUUCAGAAGGGAUGUAAAACUUCCUCUAAGAAUUUUGCCAUUUUUGUAGCCUUCAGCAGGCUGCACUAGUUUAGUGUUUGUAUAAAUUUCCACGACUAUACGCAACAUACAUACUACACAAUCGAAUUUUAUACUGAGCUGCGCAUUAAGAUCACUGUUUUUGCUGUUAGGGUCUCUAGUAUAGUUCUAGAAUUUGAAUUUGCUUGAAAUAGAGGGAGCUAUUGGCCAGCCAUACAUGUCAUAGACAUAAAAGAACAAGUCGAUUAAGAUCUCCAAUUUAAGACGUGAACAAACAAAAUACGAUGUGUAUUAUAAACGACUUAGAUACCUUUUGUAGAACAAAUACAAAAAUAAAAUGUUUGAUUUUUUAAGUUGA